AACGUCGCCACCUAACGGGAAGCAACGACGGCAGCUCAAUCUUCCAUCGGGAAAAGGGGUGAAAGGCGAGACGAAAACGUAAAACAACUGUCUUCGCUUCUCAGCCUUCAGCCAAAAUGAUCCACAGCCUGUUCCUAGUUAACGCCUCGGGGGACAUUUUCCUGGAGAAGCACUGGAAGAGCGUAGUCAGUCGCUCCGUGUGUGACUACUUCUUCGAGGCACAGGAGCGUGCCACUGAGCCGGAGAACGUCCCACCAGUGAUCCCCACACCGCAUCACUACCUUAUCAGUGUGCUCCGGCAUCGCAUCUACUUUGUCGCAGUCAUCCAGAGCGAGGUGCCACCGCUAUUUGUCAUCGAGUUUCUGCACAGAGUCGUCGACACCUUCCAGGACUAUUUUGGGGUGUGUACAGAGGCUGCUAUUAAAGACAAUGUGGUGGUGGUGUAUGAACUACUGGAGGAGAUGCUGGACAACGGCUUUCCACUGGCCACAGAGUCCAACAUCCUCAAAGAGCUCAUCAAGCCUCCCACCAUCCUCCGCACAAUGGUCAACACCAUCACAGGCAGCACCAAUGUUGGUGAACAGCUCCCCACAGGCCAGCUGUCAGUGGUGCCAUGGCGACGCACCGGAGUCAAAUACACCAACAAUGAAGCCUAUUUUGAUGUGGUGGAAGAAAUUGAUGCAAUCAUUGAUAAAUCAGGCUCCACUAUUACAGCAGAAAUUCAGGGAGUUAUUGAUGCCUGUGUAAAACUGACGGGCAUGCCUGAUCUCACACUCUCGUUCAUGAAUCCUCGGCUGCUGGAUGAUGUCAGCUUCCACCCGUGUGUUCGGUUCAAGCGCUGGGAAGCUGAGCGGAUCCUCUCCUUCAUCCCACCUGAUGGAAACUUCCGGUUGCUCUCCUACCACGUCAGCUCUCAGAACCUGGUGGCGAUCCCAGUGUACGUCAAGCACAACAUCACCUUCCGAGAGGGAAGCUCCCAAGGACGUUUUGACUUGACUCUGGGACCCAAACAGACCAUGGGCAAGGCCGUGGAGUCAGUCCUAGUCAGCAGCCAGCUGCCCCGGGGCGUCCUGAAUGCCAACCUCAACCCCUCACAGGGAACAUACACCUUUGACCCAGUCACAAAGAUGUUGACAUGGGAUGUUGGCAAGAUCAACCCACAGAAGCUUCCCAGCCUGAAAGGCACCAUGAGCCUGCAGGCUGGGGCCUCCAAACCUGACGAGAACCCAACCAUCAACAUCCAGUUCAAGAUCCAACAGAUGGCCAUCUCAGGGCUGAAGGUGAAUCGACUGGACAUGUACGGUGAGAAGUAUAAACCCUUCAAAGGCAUCAAAUACAUGACGAAGGCUGGCAAGUUCCAGGUGCGGACAUAAAGACUGCUGCUCUGUGACUACUGGACCAAACCACCAUGAGACUGAGGGGUGAUGUGAUGGGGGAAGGGGAGUUAGUACAUUCCCUGUGUAUAUGCAUUUCAGGAUUUUACAAAUUGGAGGCUCCAUGUAGCAGUAAAGAAUGGACCAUUGCACAUAGAAACCUUUGUCAAAGUUAAAAGCGUCAAAUGUCUAGUAACCUGGCGAGAGCUUUGAGUCUGGAGAAUAAGAUACAACACUUCCAUGUCUGUCCAAGCUGAGCCCAACGCACAGCCCAACUCAUCCCAAUUUAUAUUUCUCUUUAUAUGUGCUCCUCAGAGCAUUUUUCAAUUAUUUAUUUAAUCAUGAGCCCAAACUAAUCCCAAAGUUUGUGUCAAUACAGGCUCCAUCAAGUUCAAACAUUUCAAGCUCUAACAAACAAACAGGCCACAAUCUGAUGCUGUACUGUUUCAGCUGUGGGUAUCAGGGUUUAGAGGAAUCUGUCCUCCACAUUUCAACACAGUAUUUCAUUGUUUCUGGCUUGUUUGUGUGGAUAGAUGUGUGCUGGUUGACAUGGGAUGUUUUCACACUCUAAACAAUUGUAUUUUAAAAUAGAGCUUCCCCAAUAAUAAAGUGAGAUAGCAUGCUGUAUAGGAUGGUAGAAAUGUUCCCAUGUCAAAGGACCUCUGUAACAUAAAACAAUAGCAUUGUUUUACAGCACAUUAGCACACCAAACAGACAAGGAACUAGUGAUCGGGUGGAUGUGCUUUAACAGCCUGUACUGUACGCUCCUAAAUUUUAUCGAAUAUUGUCUGAUAUUACUUUUCUUCUCAUCUGUAUUAAAAACUCCCCAUAGCAGCCUGCCAGUGAGAGUUGAUAUUACUGUGUUUCUCGUCGUCCCUCCUCUCCUGUCCAGUUUUUCCGAUUCUUUUUCCAGCAUUCAUCCAUUUUCUGUUUGCUCUCCUGUUUGCUCUGUUCUCGUGCUCCUCUUCCUCUGGUUGCAAUAACUUGGUGAUUUUGUCUGCAGCGCUGGAGUCAGCAUACUGACAUAUGAGAAUGUGACACUGGAGCCGUCCUCAAUCAUGCACUUUCACAUCUGCUGGUACUAACAUUUCCUUUGAAUGCAAGUGAGAUGGAUGUAGGGUGGCUUAAGCUGUUAGAGCUAUUUAUUACCGUGAAGGUUUUUGGGAGGAUUUCAGGUAUAUGUUCACCUGUUUUUUAAUUAUUAUUUAUUAAUCAAAACAAGAUACUGCAUAGUGUCAUUAAAUUCUUCUUAAAAGCUUUAACUCUGCUGGAGCUUAUCAUUUAACCAUGUUACGACCAAACAGUGUCAGGUUUUGUUUUCGACACAGAGAAACACAUGGCCAUGAAAAAGAUUUUUGAUCCCGUCAUUCGGUGCUUUACAGUGUGGUCCAAAUGAUCAAAGAAGAAGAGUUCUCAGUGCAUCAUAGUGUGCAUCUCAAUGUCCACUGAACAACUAAAAUGAAACAGAAUAUGUCAAACUAUGUAUUAUGGUGUAAUGGUUGGGUACCUCAGAAGAAAUGUUAAAGGUUUGCAUUUUGUGUUUACAGCAUUUUAUUUGUGUUUGUUAAGCAGCCUCCAAUGGAGCGUUACAGUGGUGUAAAAAUAAAGAUUUGAUGUGUUAUAACAAA